GCGAUUUAAAGAAGCUCAAGUUCAUUCUUCGGUUCUCUUUUCCACUUUGGCUCUAUGUGAUCAAGAAAGGUCGGCAACUUAUCCUCGGAAUGACACGUGGCGAAAUAUCAUUAGCCCGACCUGAGAUCCGGCGCCGGACUUAUCCUCUUAAGUUAUCUCUUUUUGUUAUCACAACAGAGACAUUGAACAUUGAAGUCAUUGAAGAAUCUCACAGUUUGUGUCUAUAUCCGGAAUAGAGAAAGAAUCCAAAUUUGUCUUUAGGUUUACACUAUCAAAUAUAGUGGAAAAACUGAAAUAAAUCGUUACAAGUUAAAAACGAAUAAACACUAACCAAUAAGAAUGGCAAAGAAAAGCGAUAGCGAAGCUUCUAAAUUUCUCUAACAAUGAAAAUAAAAUAAAUCUAAUUAAAGAACUUUUGAAAAAUGGAAAAAGAAGCAAUAGUCUUUUGAGCAUCAAGAAGAGAGAACAUACCCAUAAUAAGCUUCUUUCUCUUGAUGGAUGAUGAUGAGGAUGAUCAUUGAUAAAUGAUGAUCAUGAUGAUGAUGUCUCCACUAUCUCCAUAACAUCCCUUUUAGCAAUAUGUAUAUAUAGCCCCAUUGAAAUCUUAUUGUCAUUACAAACAACUUACAGAACUAUUCUAACUCUCUUACGGAAGAAGAAUCAAAGAGAAUCAGAUUAGAGUGUGAGUUUUUAGAAGUUACUAAAUGGAGGGUAAAGGACGAGUUGGCUCAUCUUCUUCUACUUCUUCUUCUUUUACAGCCGAACUCUUCGGUUCCAAAGAUCCUUCGCCACCAUCUUCAUCCUCCGGCAUCUUCUCCACCAUGUUCCCUCAUCCCUCCAAGGGUUCUGCAAGAGAUGGUUCAAACUCCAAACAUGGCUCACAAGCUCAACGUAGAGAAUCUUUAAAUGCUCAAGAAGACAGAGUUGAGCCAUGUCAUCUAAGCUCUUCUCUUUACUACGGUGGUCAAGACGUAUACGCUCGAUCCACCACCAACCAAACUUACCCUCCAGUUAAAAAUGACCGUAGAAGAAGCGGAGAAGACGACGCUAAUGGACAGAACCCGCAAGAUGUUUCAAGAGGAAACUGGUGGCAAGGUUCUCUUUAUUACUAAAGAACCACUUCCUUUAGUUUCUUUGUAAAUCUCUCCAGGAACACCUGAAGCUCAAGCCAAGUACUAAUAUCUACUUAACCAAGACUUUGUAUAAAUAAGUUUAUGCAGAAAAAAAAAGUUAUUAGGAGAUUUCUAGGUUAAGUAAUAAUAUCGAAGAAUUCUCCUAGUAGUAGUGUCUUAAAUAGAUUUCUCUAGUACUUGUUAUAAUCAACUGUAACAAUAUUUACUCUGUUUUUCUCUGUCUCGUGCCAACAAAGUGAUGAAAUCAUUAGCCUUUUUUACCAAACGCAGAAACGUGAUGAAAUCAAACAAUCAAGUCCUUGAUUAGUUUUAACUAUAUUAGUGUUAUAGCUCAAAUGUUUUAAGCUUGUAACGUACAAAACCUCUGAUCCGAAAUGCAAAGAAAAAACCUUUCAUAUGAAUCAGCCAUUUUAGUCGCCGUGAAAAGCCUCAACGACCGUUCACGCGCUUCCUUGCCUUUCCUCUGUAAUUCCUCUGUUCCAUCGCUAACAACCCGCAAAAUCGCCUCGGUAAGAGACUCAACAUUUGGUGAGAAAGUAUAUCCCAAAUGUGGACCGACAACCACUGACCCAGUGAUACUCGCUAGCCUAGUAGCUAAGACCGGUUUUCCUGAAACCAUGGCUUCCAAGAGAGUGUGAUCCAGCCCUUGAGCUCGAAGGGUCGGAUUCACAAACACAUCGAUCGCGUUGUAGAAUCCCGCUAGCUUUUCUUGAUCCAACGGUCCAAGAACAAUCACAUUAGUAGACCCGAGGUCUUUAUAUCUGUUUCCCCAUGGACCAUCUCCAGCUACCAAAACGACAACGUUUUCACGUGCCUCCUUGUUUUCUUCAAACACUCGCUUCAAAGCUGAGAACAUCAAAGGAUGACCUUUAUCUCUCACUAACCUCCCUGCAAUUCCCAAAACCAGAGGAGAUUUCUUGUUCUUGCCGCUUCUAACGCCAAAUUUCUCUCUAAAGCUCUCACGUUUUGAAACGUCCGGUUUGAAAACGUUCUCGUCGACGCCGUUUAGAAUGAUAUGGACACGUUCCUCCGGAAUCAUGUAAAUCCUCUUGAGUACGUCACCGCAGUGAUCGCUAGUUGCCACGUGGUGAGCGUAACGUUGGAAGAAUUUGACUUCCUCGACGACUCGCUUCGCUCGCUCCGUCAGAGCUGGCGAUGAAGGCGGUGGCUGUUCUUCUUCGGUUCCAGCAGCGGUGGCGGCGGCGAUGUCUGCUUGACGAAGGAGUUCUUGGAUGAUGUCAGAGUGAAAAGUUUCGUAAGCGAUUCCAUGCCAAGACGCGACCACGUUACGGAGAUUCUUGGCUCUUGUGUGGAGAAGCCCAACGCUCUCUGUGUGAAUUACGUCAAACGGUCUUCCACUAGCGUUCUGCGUCUGCGAUUUCCGGAGGAAAAUUGCGUUAGUUAAAUUCCGUUUCUUCAACUAAAAUCCAGACACUGACCAUUGACUAAUUAUGAGCCUUUGCCUAGUCAAAGCCGUUAGUCAGCGGUUGACUAAAACUUUUGAUGCACUUAAACGCCAACCGGAGAAAACGCAAAAUAGCAGCGUCAAAACCAGCAAACGCGGUCAAUCGCAGCAACCAUUUGAAUUUUCUGUUUACCUGAAGCUGUUGCGAGACAGAAGCUUGAUCAAGAUAUCCAGCAGCGGUUGGCUCAGAGAGAUGGAACAUCAGAUUUUUCAGUUGAUAUUCAGGGAACGAUGGAGAAGCAGCGGUGAAAACAUGAAGCUCGUGGCCACGAUUGGCUAGAGCGAGAUGCAAUGUAAGCGCGUGUCGCUCGAGCCCACCAGCUUGCGAUUUCCUCGGCCAUUUCUUGACCACCACAGCGAUCUUGAGAGUCUUCUUGGGUUUAGAAGGGAAAGUGAGAUGGUUCCAAGCAGAAGAGAAUCGAAGAAGAUCGAUGGUUUCAUUGUUUUGCUGAUGAUCGAAUGUGUUAACGUAGGUGUUGUGAUCGUAAAGACAAGAACAGAGUGAUGUGUUGUGUCUGAAGAGAAAAGAGACAAAGGAGAGGAGAGAGAGGAGUAGAGCAAAGUGACAGAGAUAUCUGAAACUAAAGGAGAAGCUCAUCAAUGGGUUUUCUCUAGCCAUGGGAAGUGAUAGAUCGAAUCUUGAAACCCAAAAAGUUACAUCUUUAAGAGAAAUAAGAAGAAGUAAUUAAUUGUCAUCGGUCGAUUGAAUCUUGAAAAAAAGUUUGACCAAGAGACUUGAUUAGAUUAGAUUUAAGAUUAUUGUCGUGUUCUCUAAGUCACAUGCACAUGCUCUCUAUUGAAUUAUCGUAGUAUAGUCACGCGCCUCCGUGAUGUCGCUGCCGAGAAAUAUGACGGCGCUGGUGGUUGACUUGAGAGAGA